AUGGAACGAUUAUUCCGUCAAGCGCUGAGGCGGUCUACGUCGGGGGCCUUCUUUCGUCUCACCCUGGACGGACUGGGCCUGUUCUGCGCGUUUACCUUGGUCUGGGAGAAUCUGAUCACCGUGCAGCUCAGCGAAGGGCCGUCGAUGUACCCCACCUUCAGCCCCCGGGGCGAUUACCUGAUGAUUUCGAGGGCGCACAAGUACGGUCGGGGAAUUGAGGUUGGGGAUGUGGUUCGGUUCUAUCAUCCGACGUUUUUGGGGGUCAAUGGUGCGAAGAGGGUGUUGGGGAUGCCUGGGGAUUUUGUCUGCAGGGACCUGCCUUUUAGUACGGAGGUUGGGACGAGCCAGGAGAUGAUACAGGUUCCUGAAGGCCAUGUAUACCUUGGUGGAGACAACCUUCCCUGGUCGAGAGACUCGAGGAAUUAUGGACCCAUUCCUAUGGGAUUGAUCAAUGGGAAGAUCGUUGCUCGUGUAUGGCCACUGUCGAAGAUGCAAUGGGUGGAGAACACACUGCAGCCAGCCCAGUUGUCCGAAGAAUAG